ACAAAGAUUUUUCUCAUAUCACAUCUGCUCAGAAAGUUUGGCCUCAGGCACGGGUUCAAUUAUGCUAUUGGCACAUUUUUCAUGCUAUAAAAAAAAAACUUUCUAGCACAGGGAUCAUUUACCCAGCAUAUAAUGCAUAUGAAGCGCAUGUUACUUGUACAAUAAUAGAUCCGACUUGGCAACCUAAACCAAGGAAUCAACAAGUGCUUAGUGAACUUUCACCCACAAAUCUUCCAGACAAUCCAUCUGUAGUCGAUCUGAAUAAAUACAAAGUUUUUUGUCGAAAAGAUCAGCGUGAACAUAUUAUUCAAUUG